CCCACUUGUCUUAACAAGACUGAUCAAACCUACGACUACGAAAUUCAAACUUUUUUAAUUCCACAUUCUCUAUUUAUACAUACAUCGAAAUCCCUCACACUAAACACAUUUCUUUUAACUCCGACCUAGAUAGCAUGGAUUAUUCAGCCAAUUAUCAUUACCAAUAUUCGUCCUCCACAUUUUCUCCUGAAACGUCGUCGUUUGGCGGCAGUCUGCCUUUCAACGAAGACGAUUCUCAAGAGAUGCUCCUCUACGGUGUUCUGGAGGAGGGAGCGACGGAGACAGCGGCGGAGGAGGUGAUGUACAGGGGAGUGAGGAAGCGGCCGUGGGGGAAGUACGCGGCGGAGAUAAGGGACUCGACGAGGAACAGCGUGAGGGUGUGGCUGGGGACGUUCGACACGGCGGAGGAGGCGGCGCUGGCCUACGACCAGGCGGCCUUCGCAAUGCGAGGGGCGGCGGCGGUGCUCAAUUACCCGGCGGAGGUGGUGUGGGAGUCGCUGAGGGAGAUGGGGUACAGCGGCGAGGUGGAGGAGGGCUGCUCGCCGGUGCUGGCGCUCAAGAGGCGCCACUCCAUACAGAGGAAGUCGGCGGGGCGGAAGAAGAAGGAGGAGGAGAAGCAGGCGGCCGAGAAGGAGGUCGUGGUUUUGGAGGAUUUGGGGUCGGAUUAUUUGGAGGAGUUGCUUGCUUUGUCUGAAAAUUCAACUUCUCCUUAUUACUAUUAACUAUAUAUAUAUAUAUGCUCUAAACAAUUUCAUAUUUGAAUCGAUUACUGUGAAAGACAAUACAUUUUUGAUCCAUUGUGCUUCCUUAGGUUGUUUAAAUAUAUGUAUGAUGUAAUGAUACUAGGAGUGUCAUUUAAUUUCCCUCCUAUUUUCUUCUCUUCUAAAA